AUGGGUUUCUGGGCCGAUCUCCCGUGGAGCAAGGAGGUACAACGCCUCAAGGAGAUGCACGCCGAGGAGCAGCGAAAGAACAAGUUUCUUAAGGAUUUGAAUCGUGAGCUCAUAGCCGAUCUGGAGAUAACCAAGGAUGAUCUGAGACGCUCGGAAAAGUCGGAGUCAAUUUUGAGGAGUAUGAAGAUCCAGCUGGAGGAUGAGCUUAGUGAAAAGACCUUCCGACUCACCCAGGCGGAGCGGGAGUUGACGGUUGGUACUCGUGCCAGCCCCGACGAUAGAGAGGUUGUGGGCUGA